AUGGUAGCGGAGCCCGAGCCCGAGCCCGCGCUCGACAACGCUGGGGAUUCGGAUUCUGAGCGCGUCAUCUACGUGGCCUACGACGUGGGCGCAGACGAACCCGCCUACCACAUCAUCGAUGCUGAACAGGCAUUAGAGCUGCAAGAACCCGAGGAGGAACCUGAGGUCAGCCAACCGGAGCCCACGCAACACAUGCCGGUGACGGACGAGCACGGCAACCCGCUGCACUUCACGAUGCAGGACGGCACGCGGCUCGCCAUCACGUCCGCCGACGGGCACUCGCUGCAGGUCGUCACGCGCGACGGACAGACGAUCCCCGUCGAGAUCAACGGCUACGCCGAGCCCGAGGAGGUGGACAACCCGGACACCAUCGUGCACCAGCUGCACCUGCAGAAGAGCGUCGACGGCGCCGGACACCUCUACGCGCUCGUGUAGGCGUCACGUGACAUCGACGCGCCGCGUGACGUCACUCCGCGCGGGACACGGCGCGUCACACCAGGGAUGUUAUGGAUAUCCGUAACCGUAACCGAAACUUUCGGAUAUCCGAAACCGUAACCGAAACCGAUUCGGAUAGUUUCGGAUAUGCAGUUCAAAUUGUUUUUUGCAGAGCAUUGUAGUAAAGGCAUAACAGCCUGAUUUACCUUUAUAAUGCCAUCUAGUAUCAAUUUAUAUUUUUUUAUUACUGUUUAUUCGAUGUAAAGUGUGCGGCCAUGAAUGAACCGUGUUGGACAACUAUUGCACAUUGCAUUCUAAAGCAUAGCUAUCCGUAACCGUAACCGAAACUACAUAUCCAUAACAUCCCUACGUCACACCACGCACGUAACAUACCAACAACCGCUAAAACUCUGUUCUAAUGUUGGUUACCAAUGUUGCUGUACUGUCAAACAUAAAUAUUACGCACUGUUACAAUUUCAAUAACCAUUCAUUCACAUUGCUACGGAAAUUAAGUAUGUAUGCGGAACCUCUACAUUUCUUUUAAUAAACCCGCCGCCCAGUGCCGCCUCAUAAAAUUUCACACGUAAUAUCACGCAAAGAGCACGAUGAAUACAUACACCUUGUAUAAGUGCCUAAAUUAGUUCAUUUUGAAUAGAAAAAGUUACAUAAGUAAGCUUCAUUAACCUCUGCUAGAGUACAAAUCGGUGAUUAUCUUGGCAUACACAUACGAAACGUAAGAGGGCUUUGGACAUUUCUAAAAAUUAUUAAACUGAUAAUAAUAUGAUUAUAAUUAUCCAACUUCCAAUUACUCGCGUAAUUAGGUAAUGCGAUGCGAAUGCUUAUUUAUUGUAAUGAUUGCUAAUUCGUAUUAUUUACAUUAUAUUCUAAUCUAAUAAAAUAUUACGUUUAAGGGCACUAACCGUUAGUAAUUAAAAAAGUAAAAUAUGUACCAUUGACAAAUACUUAGCACUGUAGUCGAAGCUAAAAGUAGUGUUAACAUUACACAAUUUACGGCCGAAUACUGAAACGCCAUUUAAUUAUUUGACGGCUUCUCAAAUAGUUAAGCAGCUCCUAAACUUACAUUUCGCAUACUCAAAACAAUAUCUGAGCAGUUCUCAAUUUGUAAGCACCUCUCAAAUUAAGUUGCACUUAAACGCCACUCAAAUGAAUUUUCGCAUACUGAAACGCCAUUCAACGCUAAGCAUUACUCAAACAACUGUCAAAUCGUCUUAAGCAGCUGUUAAAUUUGAGAGUGCUUGCCCGGUAUCUUAAAUCCUAUUCUUAUACCUAAAUCGACCUAAAUAGUGGUAAAUAAUGUGUGUCAUCGUUAUCAUUUCUUUCGAGCCUCGAGGAAAUACCUAGAUCUAAUCGCAGGAACGCAAUAAGGCUGAACGCUAUUGAAAAAUAUUAUUAUAAUGACAUGCAAUUCCGAGCGAGGUUCCGCGUCUCUAAAGAAACGGUGUUGUUUCUGGAUUCAUAAUUUGGAAGCUCUUUGAAACCCCUCACCAAACGCCAUACAACCAGUGGACCAAAUACUUAUUAUAACCCUACUGUUCUACGCAACGGGAAGUUAUGAACGUGUACUAGGUGAUAUCUUCCACAUCUAACAGCCAACUGUGCAUCGUAUAGUGCACGAAGUAACAACCAAAAUAGCUGCUAUGAAAUCGCAAUACAAACAUGCCUAUUUCUGAGGAAUAAAGGGACAUCGCAUAGCAGCAUUUCCAAGAGUUGUUGAUUUGUCAAUUUGAUUGAUGCUCUGUCAACAAUGAUAAAUGUCAAUUGUGGUUACGUUUCGGUCCACGAUCGCCACUUAAUAGAUUUCAACAAUAAAAAGUAUCACCUUUAAAAUUAUUUUUUUAAUUAAAUAAAAAUGCAAGCAUUAUUUUUUUUAUAUGACAAAACGAGAUUUAUUUAUAAUAGAAACUAAAAAUAAACUGUUCUAUGUUAAGUUGAUUGAGUAUAUUUCCAUAAAAGACAAUACAUAACCAAACGAUGCUGCGUGUAAUGGAUAAAAAACGUAAAGUUAUCAUUUGUGUAAAUGAAAACAUACUUUUUUUGGUAAAUGUUGCCAUUAUGUAAACAUUUGAGAGCUGCUUAGCUGAUCACGGCUUCAAAUUCGUUGAGUGGCGUUUGAGAAUACCAUUUAAAAUUGAAGGAUACUUAAAUUUAGGAGCCCGUCAGCUGAGUGAAAGAUUUGAGUAGCGUUUCAGUAUUCGGCCGUUAAUUAGGUAAUAUAAUUAAGUCGAUAGAAUAUUGAAAUUAAAUAGACUGAAAUAAACUCAAUAAACUAAAUGUAAUGUUUAAAACCACAUUAAAAAACAUUUUAAUUAACAAUAAAUAUAAUUUUAUUAUGAUGA